AUGGGUGUACCAUCAGUAUGGGAAAUAAUCAAAGAUGGAUUUGAUGAAAGACUUCCAUUUAUUAUAUUAGUUACAAAUUUUUAUAAAGAACAUCAAAGACCUUUAAGAUUAGCAAUUGAUGCCUUUCAAUGGUUAUUUGAAGCUAUUGGUUCUGAUAUUAAUCAAUUUCAUAGACUAAAUUCUAAACUCCAAAUUGGUAAAAUUUUACAAGUUUUCCAUUCCAAAAUUAAAUUUUUAAUUUCUUUAAAUGUUUCAUUUGUUUUGGUUUUUGAUGGUCCUCUCAAGCCUUUCUUUAAAAGAAAUUUUAAUGUUCAAGAUGAUAAUUUAAUUGAAUUUGAAUCUAAAAUUUUUGAUGAUGAAUAUUUAAAUUUCAAAAAAACCAUGGGAGAUGUUAAUUUUGCUUCAAAAGAUCCUCAGUAUAUUAAAGAAUUGAAAAAAGAAUUAACAAAAUGGAAUAUUUCAUAUAUUGAGUCACCAGCAGAAGCAGAAGCAGAAGCUGCAAAUUUACAAAAAUUAGGAAUUGUUGAUUAUGUAUUAAGUAAUGAUAGCGAUUCAAUAAUUUUUGGAGCUACAAAGAUCCUAAGAAAUUUUUCAAAAUUUGAAGAUGAUAAACCUGCAGGAGCAAGUAUGAUGAAAUGUAAAUCAAGUUCAUAUUAUUGGGUUACACCAAUUGACCUGAGGAAAAUCACUUCAAGAACAGGAUUUGAUCAAUGGAGAGUAUUAUUAUAUUCAAUCUUAGUUGGUGCUGAUUAUAAUCAUGGUGUUAAAGGACUUGGUUCUGAAAGAGCUUCACAGGUUGCAUUAUCAUCAACAAAUUAUAUUAAAAAUUAUGUUGCAACUUGUCCAUAUGAAAAAUUUCCUGAUUUUGCUAAAGAAUUAAAAGAAAUAUAUAUCCAUGAUGAUGAAAAUUUACCUGAACCAUUAGAAAGACGAGAAAAUUAUAAAAAUUUCCAAAAAACAAUGUUUGAGCAUGUUUCAAAUAAUGUUAAAGAAUAUUUUAAUAGAAAUGAAAAAUCAUUAAUUAAAGAUGGGAAUUUUAAUAACUUCCCACCAGAUUAUAUUGUUAUGUUAUAUUUUUAUCCAUUAUUAAGACAAGAUUUAUUCAAAUUUCAAAAAGGCUUGACAAAUUAUUCAGAGAUUGAUAAUGAAGAUGAUACAAAAUUAUGGAUAAUUAAACCAAAUUUCCAAGAAUUAUUGGAUAAUCAUUUACAAAAUCCACCACCAAAUGUUUUAAAUGUUGAAUUAUGGUUUAUAAAAACAUUUUCUCAAGCUUAUUUAUUGAAAAAUAUUUUAUAUGAUUUAACUCAAGAUGAUAUUGAAAUUGAAAAAACCAUUACAAAAGAAAUUGGAACAUUUGAACUAGACUUUUUAGGGGUUAGAUAUAAAAAUUAUUUACCAAAUUUUUUAAUUAAAUCUACUCAAGGUUUAGACUCUAAUAUGCCUAAAAAGGGUUAUUUAGAAUGGAUCCCAAGUGAAUUAAUACCAAAAACAUCUAAAACUUAUGUCAAAUACAUUGAAAAAGAAUUAUUAAAACAAAAAGAAGAAGAAGAAAAAUUAAAUUCACCAAAGAAAAGAUCACCAAGAAAGAAGGCACCAUUACAAAAUAAUACAUUAUUAUCAAUGGGAUUUAUUGAUACACCAAAAGAUAAGCCUAAGGUAAAACCUAUACCUAAAAAGAAGAAGAAUGAUGAACCUAAAUCAAAAUUAAAUGUAUUAGAUUUAUUAAAAAAUUCAAAUGGGAAAAAGGAAAAGGAAAAUCCAAUACCUUCUUUAAAGCCAUCAGUAUCACCUCCUAAAAGAAAUAAUUUAUUUAUUAUUGAUUCAGAUGAUGAUUCAGAUCAUGAUAAUACAUUCGAAACAGAUGAAGAAUUUGAAAAAGAUUUAAUUGAAAUGUCAUCACCUAUGAAAACUAUAAAACAAUCACCUUCGAAAAUUGAAACAGUUAUAAAAAGUACAAUUCAAGAAAGUCCUAUAAAGAGUAAUAAAUUAAGAAAACAAUCGAUGAAUACAAGUCCAACAAAUAAAAAUAGAAUUAAAUUAUUAGAAGAAGAUGAAGAAGAUAUGAGUUUUCCAAAAGUUAAGAAAAAAUUGGAUUUUGCAACACCUAAGAAUCCAAUUAAUAAGAUUAAAAAUGUUGAUACAAGUGUUAUAUCAAUAAGUGAUUCAUCAAUGAUUAAUUCAUCAGAUAUUAUGGAGAUUUCUAGGAUUGAAUCAAAUAGAGAAACUAAAGAAACUAAAGAAACUAAAGAAACAAAGAAAGAUAAACCUUUAAAAUUUAGUAAAUUAGAUGAGAUUCUAAAACCAAUGGAAUUUUCCAGUGAUAGUGAUAGUGAAUAA